AUGGCGUCGACAAGCCACUCUGGUGUCAACUAUGGAGCCCAGGUGGGAAUCAAUUAUGGCACAUUCACGGCAGACUUCCACCUGCCUCCGGGUAAGUCUGGAACGGAACCGAACAAGGAGCGGUCGGAAACCCCGCCCAGUCCUUUGUCAACUGUCCCAUUCGCACGCGAUCCAGACUUUGUCAGUCGCGACUCACUGCUCAAUCAGAUUCGCGACAAAAGCCUAGUCCUUGGGUCGAGGAUUGCGCUUGUUGGCCUUGGCGGUGUCGGAAAAUCACAACUGGCCAUCGAAUACUCCUACCUAGUCCGAUCUCAGGCACCGGCAACAUGGGUUUUCUGGGUCCAUGCGAGUAACGCAACCAGAUUUGAGCAAAGUUUCCGAGAUAUAGCCGACCAGGUUAAGAUCCCGGGGCGCCACGAUCCACACGCUAAUAUAUUCAAACUGGUCGAAAACUGGCUCCGGGAUGAGAAGAGAGGAAGUUGGGUUCUUAUCCUUGAUAAUGUCGAUGAUGAUGAGUUCCUUCGCAAGUCUCCGGCGACAGGCCCGGGAGACCCAAAGAACAGUCUACUGAACGCCUCCACAAAGCCACUAUUGGAAUACCUCCCAAGAAGCUUGAAUGGAUUUGUCAUUAUCACGAGUCGGACUCGAGAGGUUGCAUUGAAAAUGGUCGAUUACAAGGACCUUAUUGAAGUUAAACCGAUGGAAAGGUCCGAGGCGCUAGAGCUUCUCCAAAGAAAGCUUGAACAACCAGGGGACAGCCAAGAAAGUCGACAAUUAGUGGAAGAGCUCGAGCUUAUACCACUAGCGAUCGUACAGGCAGCAAGCUAUAUUAGGAACAGGGCGCCUCGUUGUUCGGUAUCGCAGUAUCUAAGAGACUUCCAAAACAGUGACCGCGAAGCAACAAAGCUUCUGAAAACUGAGGCGGGUGACCUCUACCGGGAUUGGGAGGCAAAGAACUCGAUUUUGGUGACGUGGCAAAUAUCAUUCGAUCAUAUUCGCCAAAGAAAGCCGUCGGCUGUGGAUUUGCUUUCUCUCAUGAGCUUUUUCGAUCGGCAAGGGAUCCCAGCGGGACUUCUCCGAGUUCAACCUGAGAAUAACCAUAUGUCAAGGUCGGAGCUUUUAGAUGAUUCUAGUGAUGACGGGGAGGUAUCUGAAUCCGACACAUUCGACGAUUUUGAAGAUGAUAUUACAACGCUGAGGGAUUUUUCAUUUAUCUCUGUUAGCAAAAACGGUGUUUUCUUUACGAUGCAUAGGUUAGUACAACUAACUACACGUAUGUGGCUGAAGAGUCAUGGUCAAACGGAGCGAUGGAAAGAGAGGUUCAUCAGUAACCUUUCCUACAAGUUUCCGACCGGUGAAUAUGAAAACUGGGAAAUAUGCCGAUUGCUCUUUCCUCAUGUUAAAGCAGCGAUUUCGGAGCGGCCCAAAUCACAGGAAUCUCUACGGAAUUGGGCUACGCUACUUUAUAAUAGUGCAUGGUAUGCAUUGUGGAGCGGUAUCCUCGCGGAUGGGAAGGAUAUGGCAUUAAAAUCAAGGAAGCAGAGGGUAAUACUAUUAGGUGAAGAACAUGAAGAGGCCCUCGAUAGCACUACGAUGCUAGCGAGAGCAUGGUCGCUUCAAGGGCACUGGGAGGAGGCCGAGAAGCUCGAGGUGCAGGUGAUGAAGACGAGCAAGACGAAGCUCGGCGCGGACCACCCCUCCACGCUGAUGAGUAUGGCUAGUCUCGCGUCGACCUAUAGGAACCAGGGCCGGUGGGAGGAGGCCGAGCAGCUCCAGGCGCAGGUGAUGAAUACUCGCAAGAGAAAGCUCGGCGCGGACCAUCCCGACACGCUGACGAGUAUGUCCGAUCUCGCGUCGACCUAUAGGGACCAGGGCAGGUGGGAAGAGGCUGAGCAGAUCCAGGUGCAGGUGAUGGAGAUGACCAAGACGAAGCUUGGCGUGGACUAUCCCGACACGCUGACGAGUAUGGCCAAUCUCGCGUCGACCUAUAGGGAGCAGGGCCGGUGGGAAGAGGCCGAGCAGCUCGAGGUGCAGGCGAUGAAGACGAGCAAGACGAAGCUUGGCAAAGAUCAUGCCCAUACGCUGACUAUUAUGACCAACCUAGCAGCGACCUAUUGGAAUCAAGGCCGGUGGGAGGAGGCUGAGCAGCUCCAGGUGCAGGUGAUGGAGAUGAGCAAGACGAUACUCGGCGUGGACCACCCCUUCACGUUGACCAGUAUGGCCAACCUAGCGUCGACCUAUAGGGAGCAGGGCUGGUGGGAGGCGGCUGAGCAGCUCGAGGUGCAGGUGAUGAAGACUCGCAAGACAAAGCUCGGCGCGGACCAUCCCUCCACGCUAACCAUUAUGGCCAACCUAGCAGCGACCUAUAGGGAACAGGGCCGGUGGGAAGAGGCUGAGCAGCUCCUGGUGCAGGUGAUGGAGAGGAGCAAGACGAGGCUUGGCGAGGAUCAUCCCGACACGCUCACUAGUAUAGCCAAUCUUGCGUGGACCUAUUGGAAUCAGGGCCGGUGGGAGGAGGCCGAGCAACUCCAGGUGCAAGUGAUGGAGAUGAGCAAGACGAAGCUCGGCGCGGCCCACCCCUCCACGUUGACCAGUAUGGCCAACCUAGCAGCGAUCCAUAGAAAGCAGGGCCGGUGGGAAGAGGCCGAGCAGCUCCAGGUGCAGGUGAUGGAGAUGAGCAAGACAAAGCUCGGCGCGAACCAUCCCAACACGCUGCAGAGUAUGGUUAAUCAUGGCUAA